UUAUCCCGAGAGUGCAUAUACAGCUCAUUUUGUGUCAACUUCCUUUGGUUGAACCGUCACUAUCACCCUAAGAGAAUACAUUAUUUCCCGCAAAGAACCCAAGCGGUGAGACACACGAGUCGGAUACCCCUACCACUGUUUCAUAUUAAUUACGUAGUUAGCGAACGUCGAAUAGGCGUAGAAUGCACUCGAACAUUCGGCUAUACACCGAAGCAAUAAAUAGACCGACUAAUUGACUGACUGCCAGUUCGACGGUGAAGGCCUAUGGCAACGAUUGAUCGUUACUUACAAGUGAAAUUAGCGAUUACUUGCAUCCACUUGAACUUACUUCGACAUACCCGCGAAAUGCAGAGGAUACAUUCGUCCGUCGUUCUCCUCUUGAUCGUGGUGCUUUCUACAUGCUGUUUGGCAGCCAAUCAAACCGUGUUCGUGAAUAGUGAUAAAGCGAAACUCAAAGUGCUUGCUGUCUUCGGACACCUUGGCAAGAGUCACUUCGACGUGUUCAAGCCGCUUCUGGAGGAAUUAACUCGCAGAGGCCACGAGCUCACUGUGAUCUCGUUUUUCCCCAGAACCGACAGUGCCAAGGCGACGGAGCCGCUGCCCAAUUAUAAGGAUAUCAGUUUGGUAGAUCCCGGGACCGGCGUUUACGUGAACGUGAUUGAUCUCCAUGAGAUCGAACACCCGUGGUAUCGUCCUAUGAAGGAGCUUUUCACGAUCAAGUUCUUCGCAGAUCACGCAUGUAAUAUCGGUCUGCGAAAUGCGGCCGUUAAAGAAUUCCUUCAAUCCGACGAAAAGUUCGACGUAAUCCUCACGGAGAGCUUCAACACCGACUGUUAUCUGGGUUUUAUUCAUCGAUUUAAAGCACCCUACUUAGCCCUGUCGUCGCAUCAAAUCAUGCCGUGGACCAACAACGACAUGGGCAACGUGGACGAUCCCAGCUACAUCCCGGUGAUACUGCUCGGCCUCACUAGACCUCUAAAUUUCUUCAGUCGAAUGCAAAAUGCACUGUGGCAGUCAUUGGCUAAAAUAGUGUACGAGUAUUGGUUUCGACCUGACGAUCAAGUCAUCGCCAACAAAAUUUUCGGUCCGGAUCUUCCCAAGCUGAAAGAAAUCGCCCAGCAGUCGCAGGCGAUGCUGACCAACAUUCACAGUAGCAUUCACGGCAGCAGACCUCAACUACCCAAUGUAGUGGAAAUCGGUGGACUCCAUAUUCCGUCCAAGAUCAACCCGCUGCCAAAGGACAUAGCGAAGUUCCUCGAUGACGCUCAUGAAGGAGUGCUAUAUUUCAAUUUUGGUUCCAUGAUCAAGUUGUCUUCGAUGCCGCGAGAGAAGUUGGACGUGAUAUUAAAGGUGAUUAACUCAAUACCGCGGAAAACUAUUAUGAAGUGGGAGACUGACGAACUACCAUACAAGCUGGACAACGUUAUGCUUAAGAAAUGGCUGCCCCAGUUCGACGUAAUCAGUAAGUGAAAGGACAAGUGUACUCUUCUCCUUUUUUUUGUACGAAGUAGAUGUACCAUAUACUGCUCGGUUUGCUCUUAGGCUAGUCAGUUGAGAUAAAUACGCAAUAUUAAAAAAAAAUUUUACAUUUUAAAUUUCAAGUUUUAUCGAUGGUAAUUUCGAAAAAUUUACCUCAGCUAGGGUGAAUUGGUACUAGGGCUCGCUAUUAUACGUUUAAACGGAAACACGUUUAUACGUAUAAUUAGCUAUCCGUUUAUUAGAAACGUUUUUCCGAAUACGUGUUUUUACUUAACAAACGUUUAACGUUGAAACGUUUACUAGGCUCUAACAUACGUGUAAACGUUUAUUAAACGUUUUUUUAACAAUUGUGUGUUACCUUUACACCGGUUGAUU